AAUGGAUGAAGUAGAAGAAGAGUAUUCUGAAUCAGAAGGCACUCAAACUGAAAACUCAGAAAUAGAAGAAGUUUCAGAAGACCCCGAUGACCCAGAGAAACAACAAAAUGCUCAAAACAUACAUCAAGAAAUGAAUGAAUCAGAAGCACCCAAAUCUGAUAGAAAAAGGAUAAGGAUUAAGAGAAAGAAGAAAAAGAAAACUAAACAGGAUCUUUAUCUUAAAGAAUUUGGAGGGAUUGUUGACAGCGAAAAACAACGAUCUAGACAUAUAGAGGGCAAUAUUUCUAGUCUUCAUGAUCCACAAGAAGAUGGAAUCAAUAUAAUUCAUAAAAAGAAUAGAAUGCCAAUGAUCCCAUUCAGGUUACUCCUUCUGACAGGUGUGCUCUUUAUCAGCGGGAUUGUUCUUAUAAUCAUGGGCUUUAUCAGUGAAGUCAAAGCUGUAGAUCCUCUCAAUGGCAUUCUUUGUUGGGUUCUCGCUGCUAUUGUUCUUAUCCCUGGAAUUUAUUAUACAGUGAAGGUCAUUCAAGUGAUGAGAGAGCCAAAUCCCAACAUACGGAAAGACAUUAUUGGCGAGAUUUUUUAAAUUAUACUACUCUCAGAUUCAAUCCUCAAAAA